AUCAGCAGUUUGGAGACGAAUUUUUUCCUGAAGGUAAAACCUUUCCCUAUUUAUAUGAACUGCAAAAACAACAAUUGGUUUACAGAAUGUGAUCGAUCGACCAUUAUCACGUUUUUCAGUCUAUCAAAAUUUAAAUAAAUUUAGAUGCAUUUUGACCUGCUUUUUUAAUUCGGGUGUUUAUAGAGUGUUUCUGUAAAAUUUUGAUUUGGUUCAGAAUUAAAGCGUUGUAAAAUUUUUAUCACAUAUACUUGUGCCUUUAUCAGCGCGAUGACAGAGUAACAUAAAAACGAUAUGUCACUGAUAUAACCCUUCUUCUUCUCUGAUAUCGCUUUUCGUCCUGCUAUUUUAAUAAUUAUGGCAUUUUUUGGCAAUGCUUAGUAUUCUUAUAAAUUCUUACCACAUGUGAUAAAGGCACAAGUUUUUAAUAAACAAUUUACUCGUGACAUUAGACUGAUCACAGUUAAUAGAAUACAUGGUUUGGAGACUUGAUGAAUAUGCAACAGAACUCAUUAGCUAUGUUGGUUUCGGUUUAUGCAAGAAUUUGGGCCUAUCUCGUCACGUGUGUGUUGUAUUUUUUCCUGCACAACCAAUAGCAAUGUUUAAAUCGAGCGUUUGUUCAAGAUACGGAUAGAUAACUCAACCACAAACUUAUUAUAUUUGUUAUUGGUUAUUUGAGCGAAAAUACAAUACACGCGUGACGAGAUAGGACCAGGUUAUUGCAUUAAGCUUAACAAUAGCAUAGUUAAUGAGUUAUAUUGUACUUUCAUCGAGUCUCCAAACCACUGAUCUAUUAAAAUAACUGUGGACUGAUAUCGCCUCGCCCCUCAUAUGAGAACCUAUAAAAAUGAUCUUCUUAAGUUCUUAACAGACAUUUAUUUCCAUAUUUUAUUUUUGUGAAUUGGUAAGAGUUUUUAUUUUUUAAUAAACGAGAGCAUAAAAUGAUUUGUUUACGAAAAUUUCACGCACUAUUUCUUAUAUGAAAAUGUAUUUCCUUACACAUCAACUAUCACAUAUAUGCACGACUUUACCUUUGAAAUUCUGAUAAAGACCGGCGGAAAUUUUCUGAUAUGAAAAUUUUAGGCAUUUUUUAGCCAGCGUUGCUGGCUCUUUUAUAAGGCAGAUAAUUGAAGGAGAGCCUGCCCGGAGGCCCUAGUAAAACUGAUCACUCUCGACAGCCAGCUGCCGAGAAUUGUGAUUGGCUGAAUUUACGUUGACCACAGGUUGAUUGACAUGUUACGCUAAUUUAUUCAAAAAUUUAAAAAUAAAUACAGUAAAAACAAACGGCAUCGCUAUAUUAAAGUGUAAAUCUGUCGGCUAAAAUAUAAAAUUCAAAAGACAAAGUGUAAAAUGUAUAACAUAUACCGGUAUCUAAACAGAAUAAGGCAAGCCAUACUACUAUUGCUGCAUAUCUCGUAAGAUUUAUCGUAUGCAUGGUCACUAUAGUAUAGAGUAUAAAACCUUGGCUGUCCUUGCCUUGUCUAUAUUUUGCUGGCUGCCAAAUUACGAUUACAUAACUAAAAUAAUACAUUCCCCAUUGUGUUUAAUACAUCAUAAUAACACGAAGCUCACUUUGGGGCAUUUAAAAUACAUUUGACUGCCAACGUGUAUAACACUGGAAUGGUUCUAUUUACUUUUCCUAAGUCAUUUAUUAUAUUAAUUUAAUUAACUGCAAUAUUUAUAACUGUAGUACAGCCAUACAGGUGCAAAGCAUAAUAUAAUUUUGAACGGUCGUCGUCUACUAUUAAUUUCCAGACAAAGUCGAAGGGCCUUCACUCGAAAUGCCGACGUUUUGCUUGUAUUUCCAGCCAGUUGAAUCGCUAUCCAUCUAUUGUAAAAAGUUUAUUGAAAGCAUGUAGCGCAGGCUAUAGUAAAUAUGCAACAAUUGACAUUUCAAGUCAUCAUUUAUACAAAACUAUUUCGAGUGGGUGGUGUUAAUAUGGAAUAUUAAGUAAGUAGGCGGUUUCAAUUUUACUAGGGCUUUCGGACAGGGUACUUAUAAAAGAGCCGGCCACGCUGGCUAGGCAUUUUUAGGCGUUGAAACGAGACCAACAUGUUGGUCCGACACCAUCCGACAUGGUUGGAUGCAACAUGAUUUGUUGGCCUUGUUUGAAAACGGUGGUUGGUAUACAAUGUUUGGCUUUCCCAUGAAGCAAGCUUUUGGAUCAAAUAAAGCACGUUUCGAAUAUCAACAAUUUGGUUGGCCUUGUUUGAAAACGGUGGUUGGUAUACAAUGUUUGGCGUUCCCAUGAAGCAAGCUUUUGGAUCAAAUAAAGCACGUUUCGAAUAUCAACAAUUUGUGGGUAUAGAGCUUUUCAUUUCUGCGAGUAUUGCAAAAUAACGUCAAAAUUUAAAGAACGAUACGUUAUAUUUGAUCCAGUCUUUUACUUUUCCCCCUAUAAGGCACUUGAUUUGCAUUUCAAGACUAUUUCCUAUAUAGAAUUGACUAUUUAUAGUAUAAGAGUUAAGUUGGAUAUUUUAUUAAUGUUUAGUUAUCAUAUAUUUUAGAAUAGAUGACUAAUAAUGAUUUUUAGUAUUUUUGCACAAGUGAAGAACAUAAAAAAUCCUAUAAGUUGAUUGGUCAAAUUUGACGUAUUAAGCUGUUAUAUUCACUUACAGGUGAUAUAACAAAACCGAAAUUUUCAAUAUGGCGGCUAGCUGUUUUGUGGAAGUUACUGCAUGUUAAAGAAAUAAGCGAAAUUAAAAUAAAUUCAGUCCCAAAAACAUAAAAGACUUGUGUAAAGAUACUAAAACAAUUAUUCGCCUCAAGCUCGGAUGUUGCAGAGUAACGUAAAAAUUCAAAGAAAGAUGCUACAUUGUUUUUACUUCUAUAAACACUUGAUUCGCAUUUCACGAUUGUUUGCAAAUAAUUUGGUAUUGGCUAAUCAGUGUAAGAGUUCAGUAAAUAUUUAGUUUUCAUAAUGUAUAGGAUAAGAAUUAUUGUUAUAACACUUGUAACAACAGCGGCACAUAAUUUGAUAUAUAUUUUAAUUCAGAUCAGCUGUCUAAAGACGAGCUUUCCCCUGAAGGUAAAACUUUUCUUUUUAUAUGUGAAAAAAACUAUAGUUCAUUCACAGAAUGUAAUCAAUAAACCUUUAUUACGUUUUUCAGUCGAAUACAAAUUUCAAUAAAUUUAUAUGCAUUUUGACCAGCUCUUUUUAUUUCUGGUGUAUAUAUAGAGUAUUUCUAUUAAAUUUUUAUUUGACUCAAAAAGUGUGAUAAAGGUUUAUAGUUGCUUCAAAUUUCAUAAAGUAUCAUGAAUUGUGCUGUCCACUAUAUCUUAUACGGAAGAAGUGUUACAACUGAAAAUAAACUUCCUUAAAAGACAUUUAUUUCCAUAUUUUGCGAAUUGUUGCGAUUGUUUUUAUGUAAUAAAGGAGAGCAAAAAAAUGAAAUUAUUUAACUCCAACCAUGCACCCUUACAAAAAUUUCAGGUGCAAUUUAUUAUAUGACUAAAAAUACAUGCAUGCAGCAACCCCUCGCCUUUCUUAACAGAUGAAGUAUAGAAAUUCCAUUUAACAUGAAGUAAUUCCAUGUUUAGAAUAAUAACAGUCGCUAUGCAUGUUAAGAUGAAAAUAAUGUGAGAAAAUAAUAGGACAUAAUAUUUUACGUAAAGAAUCUAUUGAUUUUCAUAAUUUGUUAUAUAUUUGGAAUGUAGUUUUAUGUUAUGUGACUUUCAAUGGGCUAAAAUUUAAUGUAAAAUGUAACAGUAAAACGUUUCGAAACUUUGCCGUGAAACUGCAAUAAAAAACAAUUUUUAGUGCGAGCUAUUACUCGUGCAUGCGCACUAACGUCGAAAACCGUCAAUAACAUAAUGGAUGACAACUUUGCACUUCGCUAUGUUCUCAAACUCCCGGGUGUAAAUAGCCGGGCGGAAUUAGUAUACCCUCGCCCCGGGCUUACGCGCGGAACGGCGUUUCGCGCCGUUGGCUCGGGGGAAAUGUUUUUUUUUUAAUAUCAACUCUUGUAAUUACAAGAAAGAUUUGCGAAAAUGUUUGCAUAUAAGAAAUAAGCGAAUUGUCAGAAAUGCUAGUGCAAUUCUUUUACGAAGUAGCUUCAGAAAAUGCAAGAUUUGCAGUCAUCGAGCUUCAAGAAUAGCAGUUAUAGCACAAUCGCCUGGCAGAAAACUCUUUCACACUCCUAUAUCAUCCAAUAAAUAGAAAACAUGAUCAAGCGAUUUCAACUCCCAAUGUUUUGUAAUCAUCUCUUAUAUAUAUAUAUAUAUAUAUAUAUAUAUAUAUAUAUAUAUAUAUAUAUAUAUAUAUAUAUAUAUAUAUAUAUAGUUUUUUGUUUUACCUCAAAAAACCACAACAGUCUGUUUUAUCCGUAUAGACUGUUGUGGUUGAAACAGACUGUUGUAUAUAUAUAUAUAUAUAUAUAUAUAUAUAUAUAUAUAUAUAUAGUUUUUCGUUUUACCUCAAAAAACCACAACAGUCUGUUUUAUCCGUAUAGACUGUUGUGGUUGAAACAGACUGUUGUGGUUUUUUGAGGUAAAACGAAAAACUAUAUUACGCUCCAUCUAUAUGGUAUUGAGCACUGUUUGUGUUUCGUAAACCAAAACCUUAAGCUAUAUAUAUAUAUAUAUGUAUUUAUAUACAUCAAUUCAAAAGUGCCCUUUCACGAAAUUCUGUCCCCCUUGCCUUCACAUAUUUCCGGCGUGCCUGUCCCUGAGUUUGACGUUGUUCAAAAUCUUUAAAUAUUCAUCAAACAUUGUUCAAUUUUCUUCAAAAGUCUUUUUGUAAGCUUCACCAACAUUUACUAGCUUGAAAGGGCUUUAAUUUACAGAUAUGACAUAUUCGAAACGUAAUUUUGCAUGUGAGAUGUGAAAUUUUAUGAGGAUGGUAUUAAUAAAUGCUCUAUAUAUUCUUUUAUCUUCAAACGAAACUCUUCAUAAAUUAACACUAUACAUUUGCGUCAAGUAAACAAAUGCAAUAUAUGCUUGUCUCAAGUGAUUCUUUUAAUAGAAACAAAGAAAAUUUCUUGAUUAGGCCUAAUAAAUAACGUCGGGUGGGCGUGCUGUUUAAUGAAAAAAAGUGCCAGAUAUAUCGCAUGUUUGUACUAUAACAUAUACGGCAGUUAAAAGCUUUUCUGUUUACGAUAACAAAGAGUUUUCUAUGUAACAUAUGAACUUCAAAUGUUAUCGUUUGUAUUUUUUGUAGCCCCAAAAGAAACCUUGGGUAAAAGGCCAAAAAGAUUUUGGAGUAAGUCAAGUUAGAAAUUCAACCCUUUAAUUGUACACUUCAGUGAUUAAAUGAUAAUAGUUUAAUGUGGCUUUCUGAAAUGGUUUGAGAAAUAGAAAAUUUUAAAUUAUACAGAUCCUGAAUUCUUGGAAGAAAGGUUACUUGUUCGAAAACAGAAAUGGUACAAUUAUGUAGAACAACAGAGUAGGAGUUGGAUAUAUAAGUUAUAAAAUGGCAUAAUAUAUAUGCCCAAUAUUAUAUCUUAGCAUUUCAUAGACUUUACUUAAGCAACACCUGGCUAAUUACUGGAGCCAAAUGUCAGUUAAAAGGAUAUGUACAGGUUCCUGUACGGUGGCCAACUCGAAAGCUUCUCAGCUACUCUGGCCACUGUGCACGAUAUAAUACCAUAAUUAACUCUCUUUUUUUCCUUCCAUUAUGAUAUUUUUUCUUAUGUAAUUAGUGUGUAACAAUAUCUCGUUAAAUUUGUGAAAAAUAAAUUGAAUCUUAAAUCCUUUUCAAAAGAAAUCUUUUUGGCUCCAAAACUCCACAAAAUAUUUUUAUUUCGUUCAGAUGUUUAAUAAAAUAAGACCUUUUCGUCUAGGACAUUAAACUAGCUAUCUGAACGAAAUAAAAAAUUUUUGUGGAGUUUUGGAGCCAAAAAGAUUUAUUUUGAAAAGGAUUUAAGAUUCAAUUUAUUUUUCACAAAUUUAACGAGAUAUAGUUACACAUUAAUUACAUAAGAAAAAAUAUCAUAAUGGGAGAAAAAAAAGUAAAAAAUAAGUGUAAAACAAAACAAACUUAAAAGUAAAAAAUAAGUGUGACCAGGUUGUUCUUUAGCAAAGUGCAUUAGGUCAGUUAAAUUAUCGGCCAUAUUGAAUCGUUUUUGUAACCAUAGGAACAGUAUAGUAACGUGUCUGAAGUAAAAAUUUCUAUGGACAAUUUCUAACUUACUUAGUGAAGUGAAUGUUUUCCUCCUUUUAACUCCUCGUGCAUCUUGAAUGUUUAAGCGACUAGGUAAUGACAUGCAUGAUUUUUUACCAUAUAUAUUGGAAAGACACCAUGUACGCAUUAGUUAUUCAAUAACUGAUAAUUUUGAGGUAGAAAAAAAUGGCCCCUGAUGAGAUAUAGUAUUUAGACGCUAUGUAGUUCCCCACUAUAUAACCAUAAACAAAAAGAUGUUCUUCAAACAUUUAAUGUUGUCAUGGUAACAUGCAAAGUAGCGAUUGUGGGUUAAAAUUACUCUUUUAUGUAAGAGGAAACAAUGGCUUGGUGCAAAAAAUAAGUUAUUUUGGAUUUAAAUAGCUUUUAGUUUAAAACACAGACAUAUAUUGGAAACUGUAGGGAGACUCCUUAAGCAGCGUCGCGGGAAGAAUUCUUGUGGGUUUUUCAGUCCUUGUUUUUGGAACAGUGAUCUGGUGAUUUUCAAUUAUUUUCAUUUUCAGGCCAUCGACGAGGACCUCCUGGACCACCGGGACCACAUGGACCAAGAGGGCACACAGGGAGCAAAGGGCAUCCCGGAUCAGCUGGUCAAACAGGACCGCAUGGACCUCCGGGAUUGCAAGGUAAUCAAAAUUUUCAGCUUAAUUUUUUCUAAAAAGAAAUUAUCAUGCUCAUAUAUAUGAAAAAUGGUUGGUUCGCCUGCUGCAUCUGUUGAGUUCAAUAUAAAACUGUAUGUUAUCCAAAUAUUAGUAUGACGUAAUACUGAGAGACAAAUGCAUGAUGGGAUCGUUGUGUUGUUAGUUGAACUCCCUCGUGAAAGAAACUACUGUACACAACUACAUUUGUAAUAAACGUGAAAAUAAAGAGUGAUUUCAUUACACAUACGGGGUUCUAAAGUCAUGGCUUCAACAGCUUUCGGGAUAUGGCAGGUGGGAUGAACAUUUCUUAUGUAAGCUGCGAUUUUGAUUGAUAUAGGUCAUAUCGAUGGUGACUGCAAGUUGUCAUGGUAACAUGCAGAGUAGCGAUUGUGGGUUAAAAUUACUCUUUUAUAUAAGAGGAAACAAUGGCUUGGUGCAAAAAAUUAGUUUGUUUUAGAUUCAAAUAGCUUUUAGUUUAAAAUACUGACAUUAUAUUGGAAACUGGAGGGAGACUCCUUAAGCAGCGUUGCGGGAAGAAUUCUUGUGGUUUUGCCCAAUAUUACCAGCAUUAAAUUAAAUAAUUAACGGCCUAGGAGAUAGAUGAUUCAGUCCUAGUUUUUGGAACAGUGAACUGGUGAUUUUCAUUUCUUUUAAUUUUCAUGCAAACCAGGACCUGGUGGAUCACCAGGACCACAAGGACCAAGAGGCAACAAUGGGAGCAGAGGGCAUACCGGACCACCUGGUCAAACCGGACCGCAAGGACCUCCGGGAUUACAAGGUAAUCAAAUUUUCAGCUUAAUUUUUUCUAAAAAGAAAUUAUCAUGCUCAUAUGAAAAAUGGUUGGUUCGCCUGCUGCAUCCCUGGCCAAAAUAUUGACACAGCUUUCGGGAUAUGGCAGGUGGGAUAAACAAUUCUUAUGUAAGCUGCGAGUCUGCUUCUACAAUUAAGUAUUUUCCCGUGUAUUUAGACUAUUCCUAGAUAAAUUUGUGCUUAUCCACAGAAAAGUAUUAAACAUAGUUUUAGCAAUUUCUUAUCAUUAGCUUUCCAUUUAUUUUUACCUAUUUCGCCUAUUAUAUGUAAUGUGAAAAAGUAUACAGCUAAUCCAAGAAAGGUUGUUCUUCAAAAAUCUUAAACCUUAAACUUUGAGCUCGCAAAGGAUAAUGGGUAACUCCCUAUUCAACGUUUUAAACUGUGAAAAUUUGCUUUGCAACAAUGCUUGGGCAUAUGAUGCACACUUUCGAUGUAGGUCUGUUUGGUUCACUAAACCAAUAUAUCAUAUAUGCCAAAUUUGAGGCUCCAAUGAGCAAUACCCAGCAUACUUUGCGCGCUCAAUAUUUAAGGUUCAAGAUUUUUUGAAGAACAAGCUUUUUGAAUUAACUGUAGAAAUGUAACCUAAUCCUUGCAAAUUUAAAGGGUACAAAACUUAUUAAAACGAAUUUUAAGACAAAAUUUCUAGUUUUCGAUGCGUUUUACAAUUAGGAAACAAACUUAAAAGUAUAUUUAUACCGCUCUAUCUGUAAAUAAUGCUAAAUUGAGGGACUUCUACUCGAAGAAAAAAAAAACAUCAUCAGUCAUUUUUAUUAGCAUAUAUUCGGGAGGUAAAUAGUGCUCUUCGCGCAAAUUGAUUGGUUCCUCAGCUCCGGAUACCCGACCAAAACAAAAUGUCUUCCCGUUUUGUUCCAGUUACAAACGAGCAAAUAUUUUCGCUAAACGAAGCUGCGGCUCCCCCAAACACAAAGAAAGCCAACAGAAAGUUUUUUAACGGUUUUUUAAAACCAUUUCUGCUAAAUAAAAUUGCUAACAGCUUGUGAAUACUAUUUUUAUACACAACUGCUAUACGGAAGAUUUAACAGAAAUUAUUUAUUUUCGCUGUUUUUGGUCAUUUUUGUUUUGUCAUGGCAUGUACUUAAUAAAUCUCUUUCUCGACAUACCCCAGUUUUCAUACUACACCGGUGUCGUAUGACUUUGAAACGUAAUUCAUAUCUUCCGAUCAGUGCAUGUUAUUCUUAUGAAGACAAAUAUACUACGGCCUACCGUUUGAUUCAGCGUAACAAAAUCUCCCAAUUCGUAAUAACAUUAUGGCGAUUUACGGCCUUUGAAAGUUAAAGGAAAUUGGCAACCAAAAUUUUUAUUGUUUAUAUCUAUUGCGUAUACUUACGGAAUACCUAAUUUUAUAAUUUGGCCGGUUUGUCGGGUUUAGUUGUUGAGAAAAUGUAAUAAAAAGUUGUCCGCCAUUUUGAAAAUAAACAUUUAUGCACAGCAUACAUUAUCUGACGUCAUUAGCUGGGUAAACACAAUUUCAUGACUAUAAAACAAUACCGAGUAUUACCACGCGUAGUAGCCUACACGUUGAACCAAAACCAAAGGCAGAAACGUUUUACCAAGUAUGUACCUUGUUUCUAACACUAUUUCUCAUAGUAUAUAUCCUAAUUCGUGCUAAAAAAACCCGCAGAAAUUCGAGUGUAACAGGGCAAACACAAAUGCAAUAUUUUAUGAUCAAUUACCUGCAUUGUAAAUUGCGCCAUUCCUUGCUUUCCCAGUCGCUCGAUAUGUUUUUAUGUGAUAGUGUAGACUUGUCUUGUUUGAUUGCGAAGAGUGUUGGCCACUAUAACGCUCAAAACGACAUAUUUUUAGCUAACAUAACACGCACGCAAUUCUCUCUUGUAGUUUUGGUGCUACCCAUCUAAUGACGUCACAAAGUUCAUUGACCUUCGAGAAAGUUUUUCAAAAAUAUUUUCCAAGAUGGCGGCGAAACACAAAGUUUGCAUGCAUUUUACUUAUAGACUAAAAUGUUCGGGAAGGAAAUGAUAAUAUUUUCAUAGUUAGGUCGUCUGAGUAGGAUUGAAAUAGCCAAUAAAAAUUUUCGUUGCCAUUGUCUUUUAAGCGAGGUUGUAGCUAUAUUAUCAAAGUACGCAAUUGUCUGAACAAAAAUAUAGGCCAGCCGUAUCUAGAUUUUUUGCCGAACAUAACUUCGGCCCCUUAAAUUCGAACGUAUCUUCUCUGUAAUAGUCUUAUUCAAAUCGAUAUCAAAACACUAUGUAGAGUGUUAUUUUGGAGUUUGUAUCUAGUUUGCAUCUUUUAUUGCCGUAUUUCCAUUUCUGGUCUGACUUUGAAAUAAUCCCAACCAGAAAUGCAAUUUCAAAAUGUCAAAACAGCGUUUGUAUCGUAUGACUCUGGAAAUGCCAGAAAUCGAUUCUACAGGUCAAAUCGUCAAACUUCAUCUAUACUCGUGAUUUUGACGUCAUCGCGGCUACAGGGGCUUCUUAUUGGCUCAGUAUAGCGCGUGCCACGCGUGUGCGAGUAAAACCGAUAUUUUGAAAAAUUCAAAAUAAAAUAUUCCUACUCGCCGUAUUCAAACGAAACUUUCUACACGAAAGCGCUUGGACACAAAGAGUAUUUUGCUCAUUGUAAAUGUAUAUAAGUUUCGAGUAAAUGUAUAUAAAAUAUAUGAGUGUUUCGGUUUGUGUAAUAUUUGACGGCAUUUGUCCCCCCGCUCGAAACGUUAUUCUGUGAGGACUUGAAAGGUGAUUUUCGAAAAAUUGAAUCGCAAUGUAAUGCGAUGCCGGUUGCCGACCUCAGUGUCGGUGAACAGCGCAAGGAUAUUCACCGAGACACAAAAUAACUCCCACUUUGGUAUAAUUGUUAAACAUAUCAUGUAUAGCCAGAAAAAAAGGUACGCCAAACGCAUUUCAAGUUCUUUCAUUCCAAAUUCACGACAUACAAAAAAUGCUUCGUAACUAUUUUCACAAAAUUGAAUUUCACAAAAUUGUUAUCAUAUAUGUUUUGUAGGCCAGCCAGGAGGUUCGUCGGGAUUGAACUGUACAAUUGUUCAUGGCAUUCGCAGAGUGACCUGUCCGGAAAAGAAGGCUGCAUUCGGUUGUGCAACACCUUGUGGUCGUCUCAAAAAAAAGAGAAACGAGCGUACUUGUAGCACUAGAUGCGAUGACAAGAAAAUCAAGGCAUUAUGCUGCGGGAGUAUCAAUUUAACUUGA